CCAACACAUAGUUAGAAACAUGGAGGGCGAUGAGGACCGCGAGGCGCUCCUGCCCGGGGCCACCGACCGGCCGAAGAUGGCGGCAAUAUGCGAUCCCAGCCGGCUCGCCCACAGGAUCGUGGUGCUGAUCCUGAUGUGUUUCCUUGGAUUCGGUGAGUGAACCCAUGACACUGGCUGAGCUGUAAGGGUUACCCCGGUCCGGCAUUUAUCCCAAUGAUCGGCGCGCUCCUUCAUUCCAAUAUCUCGCUCUACAUUCAAAUGUACAGCUCACGCUCAAACCUGGAUACUGUUUGACACCCCCUUUAAUGGAAACACGUUGGACUAGUAUGUUUACAUUGUAUGUUCAAUGGGGCUCCCGAAUAUACUAGUGAUGGCCUAUGCCUUGUUAUGGGGGGGCUGAUAGACUUGGGGUGAUUAAGUGGGGUAAAAAAUGCAAUAAAAAAAGUACACAAGAAUGGUUAAUUAGGAUUUGGAGUAACUCACAAUUUCAGUUUUAUGCACGGCAUAAUCGUUUAGGCAGGGACUUUGCAGAGAGUUAGAACUUCUAAGGGUGUGACUUAUGGAUACUACAGGCACCAAAACAACUUUAGUUCUAUGAAGCAGUCUUGGUGUAUUCAUUAUGCCCCUGCAGACUCACUGUUCAAUUCUCUGCUAUUUAGGACACUAAAUCACUCAUGUCAAUGCAGCCCUUACUAAACCUCCCUUGCUGUGACCCACAUAGGUAGGCUACAAGAAUAAAAUGUAUCAUUUUCAAUCAGGUGUUAAAGGGACACUCCGGGCACCAAAACAACUUCCUCUAAAUGAAGAUGUUAUGGUGCCAGGAGGCCCUCAAGGACAUUCUUAUUUCAAGGUGUUAAACUGUACUUGAAUAGUUUAACCACAAAGUUGUCUCCAGCGGCGAUCUCUGCAUGGAGACACUGAACUUUAAUUCAAUGCAUCUCUAUGAGGAGAUGCUGAUUGGCCAGGGCAGCGUUUGGCUCCAACCCUGUCCCGCCUUCUUGGCUGAGCUCAUCAGAAUGCUUUCUUAUGGAAAAAAAUUGGAAUUGGUUGAGACCAUCAUCACUUCUGAUGAUGUCAGUCAAGGAGGCUGAUAUUAGGGGCAGAACUAACACCAGCAGACUGGAAUAAAGAUAAUAUUUUACUAUACUUAGGGGGUGGGCUGUGGGGGGCUAGAUAGUGAUCUUAACACUAUAGGGUCAGAAAUAUAUGUUUGGGUCAAAGCUAAAUGGUGCUUAAUUCAUGAUUUUCAGAUUAACUUCUCACUCCCCCCCCCAUUAAACUUACAGUUGCCAAUUGAAGAUUAUGCUAGCGCUAGUGUACUUAUAAUCUUAAUUUUAGUAAUGACAGGAGGCGAGUAUUUUGCAUAUAACUCUCUUUACUAACUCCACAUAGCAGUAAAGAAAAGUGAAAACGAUAACCAAUCAAAAUGCAACAGGGUGUAUAGUAUUCACAGUGAUGAGGCUCCUCCCCCUCUUUCGGAAGCGACAUCAGAGAACCCAGUAAACCAAAAAGUCAAAACAUCUUGUAACAUGCACCAACGGGUGCUUCCCACGGAAACGGACUUUCACGGCAUGUGAACUGAUCCAGAAUGUCCUGAAACGUGCACCAACGGUUGGCUUGUCCGAUUAACGAAACCUCAGGAGGUAAAGGCUGAUCCAACUGUGCCCAUCCUGAGAACGAACUGAUAACAGCGCAGAGUUAAGCUGAAAAGAGAACGUGAAAUGGGUUAGGCACCGGUCUUUAAACUGGUUGCAGUAAUGACCAAACAUAGUAUAACAGUAAUAGUCUCUCUGGUUAAUGGCCAAUGUAUAAAGAACAUAAACAAAACCCAAACCAUGAGGAGGGAACAAUAUCAAUACAAGAUAGGCCCACGGAAAUAUAAAUGUAUACUUACGUGCAUCCACUCUUCCCAAGGGUAGGAAAAUACUCGCCACGGUCAUUACUAAAAUUAAGAUUAUAAGUAAACUAGCGCUAGCAUAAUCUUCAAUUUUACCACAUGACAGGAGGCUUCCUAUUUUGCAUUUUUUAACGCUGAUGCAGAAGAGACAUAGCCACACCUGAACUUGGACGAAAGUAGAAUGUCCGAAAGGUAGAUUCCCUCGACCAGUCCACUGACCGGAGGAUAUCCGUCAAAGAUGCGCCUGCCGAGAAGGGAGAGGAGGCCUCCGCCCCGCGCACUGAGUGAGCACCAAAACUAGCGUCCACACCCUCCAGUGACAGGAUCCAUCGCACCCAUCUGGCGAGUGUGGUAUUCGGAACGUGUGAUCUGACAUAGGGCACUAGAAGCUGUCCCGAGGUAGAGACCCGGAGAGUGGACGUGGUCUCCAUGUACUGAUGCAGUGUAGCGACGACGCAUAGUUGAGGCUCGGUAGUGAAGAAGGGGUAAAAGACCGACGUAGAGUCCGAUUUGGUACGUCGUGAUAUCCUGAAGGUAACUCCCUCGGGAGAAACCGAGAAGGCGUUGAUGUCAAAGGCCCGCACGUCCGAAACCCGACAGAAGGAAACGAGGCAAAGCAAAAGGGUCAGUUUGGCCGAAAGUUGUCUGAGAGACAGUCUGUCAUUAGUUGGCUAGUCUCUCAGGAACCAUAGGACCAUCUCCACGUCCCAUAGGUGGGAGUAUUUAGGUCCUGGUGGUCUCUGUAAUCGGAUACCCCUCAGGAGACUGCAUACCAGAGGAUCCUUCCCUACGGGGAUACCUAAGGUCGGGACGUCCGCCUCCGAAAAUUCAGAAUGGCCGUUACAGGUGCAGUAAAUGGAUCGAAAUUCCGUUCACUGCACCAAGAGGACCAGGUAUUCCAAGCUGAUAGCAUCGUCUGGUCCCGGGUGCCCAGGAGUCCCAUAUGAGGUCUCUAGCUGCUUGCGAUAAGUCGCUGGUUUGCCAGGGUCCCCUGAAAGAGUCCAAGCCACCAGGGCGAGGCGGUCUUCGAGGAUGAGGGGAUGGGGGUUCACCUUCGGAUCCGUGAGGAGCAUCGGAUAGGAUGGUAGGAGUGGUGGGUCGGCGUAGGACAGUGCCAGGAGAUCCGGAAACUAUGGUUGGCCCCGCCAUAGGGGGGCGAUGAGGAGUAGAGAUCCGUGUUGAUUCUUCAGGUAUUGAAUCGUCCUCGAUAUCAUGGCGAACAGGGGAAAGGCGUAUGCUCCCUCGGUUGGCCAUGAUUGGAGAAAUGCGUUCACCGCCGCGCUCUCCGGGUCCGGAAGCCAACUGAAGUAGUUGUGUGUGUCUGUUUGUUGUUGCGGGAUGCAAACAGAUCCAGUUGGAAGGGACCUCUCCUGUUUGAGAGGCGUUGGAAGAUCUGAGGAUCCAGUCUCCAAUCGCUGCUGUCCCGCCAGUGACGUGAGAACCAGUCCGCUGUCAGAUUUGUCAGGAGUUCUAGGCAAUUUAUGUGUAGGUCGAUUUCCUGAGAAGUCCAGGCGCCUCCUGUCGACUUGCAUUCGCCCGUCGCGCCCCAGCCCCAAAGGCUGGCGUCCGAUUCCAGAACUAUGUCGGGCGAACACCCGAAGAUGGCUCGGCCGUUCCAUGCCUCCAUGCUGUCUAGCCACCAUCUGAAUUCCUCCUUCACCUCCUCCGUAAUCGGGAUCGUUUGGUCGUAAGAAGGGUUCCGGUGCAGGAAGGAGGUCUUCAGGCGUUGCAUCGCUCUAUAGUGAAGCGGUCCCGGGAAUAUGGCCUGGUUGGACGCGGAUAGUAGUCCCACAAUCCGAGCCAGAUUGCGGAAUGGAGUGGCAGUGAAUGACUCUGCGUAGUUCUUUUUUGAUGGCCGCGAUCUUUGCCGUCGGUAAUCGUAGUGUGCUGGACCCAAAAAUCUCGAAACCCAAAAACUGCACCGUCUGAGCUGGAGAUAUUUCUGACUUCAGGAAGUUCACCACGAAACCUAGUGACGUCAGGAAGUCUAUGGUAAAUUGUGUGUUGAGUCAGUCUGGAUUUGUCGGAGCAGAACAGAAGCAGGUCGUCCAGGUAAAUAAUGCAACGAAUCCCUCGUGCACGGAGACGCGAGAUCCAAGAUGGCCGCCGCCGGGCAAGAAAACCCUGUGCGCGCCGGUUGGGCUGAGCGCGGUUAGGAGACCGCAAGGAAGGGAUAGAGGAGAGGGGUGAGUGUUACCUCUGAGGUGGGAAAUAAGAGUGAUCCGCCGAGGGCGGAUAGCUCGGGAGGAAAAGCCACAAGCGGCCGGCGGGGAGAGGGAGCAAUAAAGUCCCAAAGAUAAGGGGUAGUAGUGAACACAGGGAUCUGAGUCACAGUGGGCAGAAAACCCCCCAGAAAACAUAGAAACAAGCAAGAAUACAAUCAUCAAACAUAUAUAAAAUGAAUAAGUGCUAGAAUUAAUAAAGUUAAAUAACCAAUUAAACAGUAAUGAGGGAAGAGCUUAAACUCUGACCUGUCUGCUGAUGGAGCAGUAAAGAAAGAGGGGGAAGAGCCUCAUCACUGUGAAUACUAUACACCCUGUUGCAUUUUCUUUACUGCUAUGUAGAGUUAGUAAAGAGAGUUAUAUGCAAAAUAGGAAGCCUCCUGUCGUGGUAAAAUUUGGUAGCUUUCUUCUAGUAUUUGUAAAACCUUGACCUUUUUAAUUACUAUUCAACACCUCACAGUCCAAUAAUCACUCUAGACAACACUUUUGCAAUUCUCUAAAAUCCUAUAAUCUGGUAGCUUUGUACUUGUCCAGCUGCUGCUUAGCAGUACAUACAUAGAUGGGUAUUUGUUUGUCUGAUUGACCGAGUUUUAGUCCUUUGUUUAAAAAUAAAUAAAUUAUACUUUAUAAUAAACUGUAAUUGUGAUUUUAAACUUUAAUUCACUAAAGUGUACAUAUGGCAAAAUAUAUAUACAAUCUGUUAUUUCUAAAAUGUGUUAAAUGUUUAACGUCCCAUCAGCAUUGUAGUUUACAACGGUCAUUUAAAGGUGUUCUGUCUCAGUGUAAAACUAAUAUCUGUUGUACUAUUUAUUUUUACCAAACAACAUAUUUCACAUUAAUAAUAUUUAUGUGCUGCAAUGUUUAAGUUAAAAUGCCUUUUUAAAUUUGUAUAUACGGGUAAUGGCACACUUGAUAAGGGCUCAUUUUUUGGGAGGGAUUCAUUUCCUGGAGUUACUCCCUUUCGUGUGAUAACACUGCUAAGGCUUGUAGCCCAGACUUUCAUUUCCUAUUUUUAACUUUCCAAAGAAAAGAAUAGAGAACACAUGCAAAUACCAUGAAUACGCUGAGAUAGAGAUAGAGAUAGAGAUAUAUAUGUAUAUAUAUAUAUAUCUCUAUUUUUUUUUUUUUUUAUUAUAGUUUUGCUAAUGUUUGCAUCAUAAUAUUUCGUUACUAAAAAAGAGCUGGCAUACUUGAGGAAAUCCUACAAUUUACUGCAUUCAAAUUCUAGAUAAUUUAUUUUUAAAUAAAGCUGCUUUUGUUUUUAACCACUUGGUACUUUGAAAUUUGAUGGUACAUUAUUAACAGUACUUUUUAAAGUCUUUCAUUUUAAAACAAAAUCCCUGCAGUUAUGCUAGUGGAAGUUAUCUGAACAGGAAGUUGGUUACCUUCAUACAAGAAAUUGCAGAUCAGUUCAUAGUAGGAAAAAAAUAACUUGCUUUAGAUAUGCGGUAUCAUUGUUUUCAACAAUAGAAGUAAAAAUGUCUAUGGGAAAGGUAUGCAUAGACUUCCACCUUGUUUUCUUUGUGGUUUUUCUAAUCCUAAAGGCCAUUUAUAUCCAGUGUAUCUUUAUGCAUUCCCUAAAGCAGGCAGAGGCAACCUUCGGCACUCCAGAUGUUUUGAACUACACCUCCCAUGAUGCUUUGCCAGCAUUAUGGCUGUAAGAGCAUUAUGGGGGAUGUAGUCCACAACAUCUGGAGUACUGAAGGUUGCCUAUCCCUGCCCUAAAGUAUUAUAAAAUAUCUUGGAUCAGAAUUGUUAGGUUAUAAAGAAUGGUGUUGCUACAAGUUGUUAAAAUUAUUGCUUUCACUCUACUUUUCAAUUCUGGAUAUUUGCUAUACAGCACAACGAAUAAUUAAUAUUUUACACGCGCACAAAGAACUCUGUACUAAUCUUAAUGGCAUAAAUAGUUAGACUCUGAAAAAUAGCCUAUUUUCCAAGGCGUGUGGGUAGCAUCUAACCUAAAAAAGGAGCUUAGGAAACCUCCAGAAACAAAAGCUCAAUUAUAACUGCAUGCGAAUGUGCAACAAAAGUGAUGAAUAAAGUGCAUUUUUUGUUUAGUAACAAUCUUUGUAUUUUCUUACAGGUAGCUAUUUUUGCUAUGAUAAUCCGGCUGCUCUGCAAACUCAGGUCCAGCUUGUAAGUUGAUUCAUUUUGUUUUCAAUGUAUUUUGUUGCUUUAGAAUGGUUGCGCAUCAAACAAGUGCUUACAUUAACUUAUUUCAAUUUUUGGUACUGUCAGUUAAGUUAUAUCUGUCUAAUACUAUGAAAUCAUGGCUUAGCAUGAUCCGAGUUGGAAAACAGAUACAAAGUGUAGGCAUUGGCCUUCUUAUAUUCCACAGUGCACUCUAAGCACCAAAAUCACUACAUCAUUAGCUGCCCAACUGUGGUUGGCAAUAAUAGGCCAAAAUAUAUAGAUCUAUAAAUUAAAGGGACACUAUAGUCACCCAGACCACUUCAGCUCAAUGAAGUGGUCUGGGUGCCAGGUCCCUCAGGUUUUAACCCUUCAGAUGCAAACAUAGCAGUUUCGGUGAAACUGCUAUGUUUACAUUUGGGGUUAAGCCAGCCUCUAGCGGCUGUCUUCCGGGCAGCCACCAGAGGCGCAUCUGCGACGCUGGAGGCAUAUAUCGCGCAGCGCGUCCAUAGGAAAGCAUUAAGAAAUGCUUUCCUAUUGACAGCUUGAAUGCUCGCGUGGCACUUGCCGCGCAUUCGCCUCAGCUGACGUCGGCGGGGGAGGAGAGGUCACCAGCGCCGAGGGAGCCCGGCGCUGGAUUAAGGUAAGCUGCUGAAGGAGUUUUAACCCACGGGAGGGGGACCCUGAGGGCGGGGGCACCCUCAGGGCACUAUAGUGUCAGGAAAACUGCUUUGUUUUCCUGACACUAGAGUGAUCCUUUAAAUUCAUAUUCCUUGCACAAUAUUUGAUCAAAAGUCCACAUUUAAAUGUUUGUUUGUUUUUUUUUUUUUACUGACUAAAGCAAUAUUUUCUUUUUUAUUGCAGCAUACAUUUUUAGAAUUACUAAUCUGUAAAGCUUACUGCUGUUAAAGGUCCACUAUAGUCAUCCAGGCCACUUCCUCUCCAGGCAAUCCUAAAUUAUAUAUAUUAACAUAAAAGAUAUUGUCAUAAGUAGGUUUUGAUUUCCACGUCCAUGGUUUACGAAUAUAGGUUUACUGUUUCUUUAAAUGUAGGUUUGUAUAAGAUUUAAUGUUUUUAUUUUUAUUUUUUUGCAGGACAUGAAAGUGAAUACUGCCAGCUUCAUGCAGCUGUAUGCUUUUUACUCUUGGCCCAAUGUUGUUCUUUGUUUCUUUGGAGGAUUUCUUAUUGAUCGUGUGUUUGGAAUUAGGUAAUCCUGGAUUAAAAUUAACAUAGAUAUUGACUGUAUAGUCUAUCGGGAAUUAGUUCAUUAGCGCAGUGUGCUACACAGGUGUUGCUGUCCACUUGACCUACAUGCUCAAUUAUACUUGGUGGCUGUUCCUUAAAUUCUGUAAUGUACAAAUUGAGAUACACCAAGUGUUCUAUCUAGAUACAUAUCCUUAUGCGUGUUUGACUGUGCAGUGAAGUUAUUAUGUUGUGGUUCAUGACCUUUUCUGUCUCCUUGUUUCAUAGGUGGGGCACUAUAAUAUUUAGCCUGUUUGUUUGUGCUGGGCAAGUAAGUACCAUCUUAUAUUUCAUUUUCACCAUAAAAUUGUGUGUUUGUGGAACUAAUCUUUUAAUCUGCUUCAAGUGCCAAUGUCAUCACAGACAGUGUAGAAGAACACGAUAUGCUCAUACCAUAAUACAAAUAGUUCGUACUGUUGUUUUUUUUUUUUUUUGUUUUUUUUUUUAGAAAGACAUGGCAAGUUUGAAGGACUGCUAAACCUUACAAACAAACAUUAUUUUUAGUUUAAUGGUGCAAAAAUGUAGAAUUACAUCUCAACUGUAAAAUAACUAUUUUACAUGAAUCUAACCGAAAACGAGUAGGGUAGGUGUUUCACAACAUUUUUUUUUUGUUUUCCGAAGUUCAUUUCAGCUUGUUCUUGAGAAAACAAAUCUUGAUACAUGAUUCUUUUUCAAAGUUAUUUUUUUUUCUCUCCUCUCCUAGGUAAUAUUUGCUGCAGGUGCCUUAUUUAAUGCCUACUGGUUGAUGGAAACUGGGCGACUAGUAUUUGGGUGAGUGCAGCUGUUUUAAAAUAGGAUCCCUUCUUUUUAGUGUUGUGGUCCUUGCAGAUUUACUUGCAACUUUAGCAAGUGUUGCACAGUUACAUCCCACUCACCAUUAAUUGUACUCUGUACUCCUUUUCAGUAUUGGCGGGGAAUCACUUGCUGUUGCUCAGAAUACAUAUGCUGUCAGUUGGUUCAAAGGAAAGGAACUGAAUCUGGUGUUUGGAUUGCAGCUUAGUAUGGCAAGAGUGGUGAGUACAGACUAUUAUAAUGAUCGCCCAGUCACGGGAACGUUACAUGAUGUUUGCUGUAAUUUAAAUAUAUAUAUAUAUAAUUAAUUCAAUUGUAAACAAUCAGGGUUAUUUGCUAAAGGGAAAAUUGUUGUGAAAGUUAAUUUUAAGGCAAAAGUAACCGAACUGGAACAUAGCUGACUUAGAGAUUUUUUUUUUGUUUGUUUAGCUAUUUUGGCCUUUUAAAAUUUCCUUUCAAUUUUCACUGUAGUGAAUAACCCUGAAUCGCCGAUCCUAAGUGGAAAAUAACUUUAGUACUGCAGUGUUAAGACGAAAUUGGAAGUAAUUUGUGUGCAAAAUACAUAUGGAAGCAAAUUGUAUUCAUUUUUAUUUCUCUUUAGGGCAGCACUGUGAAUAUGAAUAUUAUGGGGCUGGUGUAUUCCCGGAUAAAGGAUCUCAUGGGCUCUGCUGGUUAUACGACACUUGGUGUGACACUCAUGAUUGGUAAUUGCCUCUUAGUUUUUCUGCAGGAGGAUGUAUUUAAAAAAAUAUAUAAAAGUAAAUCUUUAAAGCAUACAUUUAGAUGGUGGUUGUAUAAGCUACAAGGAGUUGAAACAGAUUAAAAUAUCCAUUCCUGAUUAGACUUCAUACAGCAUUCCUUCCUUACAGCUGUCUGAGUCCACAUAGAGAUGUAACAAUAUAUCAAAUAUUUGUAGGCAGACUAUCGUGUGCAUUGUCUGGAAUUAAUUUACUGACUUGUAUGAAAGCAUCCAUUCUUCCAAUUUGUUGUAACAGAAUAUAUUAAUAACCUUUCUUCUGUUUAUUUGCAGGGGGUAUAACAUGCCUGUUUUCUUUAGCAUGUGCGUUAGUACUUGGUUAUUUGGACAAACGAGCUGAGAAAAUUCUGAACAAAGAGCAGGGAAAAACAGGUUUGUAAUCUAGGUAACUGUUUACCAAAGGUGAUAUUCUGUAGGUAAAUGUUAUCUGAAAUCCAAGCAGUGUGAUUGGCUAAAAUGUGACCUGUCAGGAAUUCAAAGUGAAUUAGACCAUAUUAACUGAAAAGGCAUAUCUGGGAAUUAAUUUGCUAUUUAUGUAAUUAGGCUAUGUAAUGUGCAAUAUGAAACCUACUUGAAAUUAUUGACAACUCAUGCUUCAGUGAAUAAUCUUGAAAGUAGAGCUUAUCAAGGAGAGAAAACUGCUUGUGUUGUUUCUGCUUUUCAAACAUGGAUUCUUCUACAAUUUAACACAGAUCCUGAAUUUUAUAUUUUGACCCAUUGCACACAUUUGGUAACACAUGUUAUUAAAGAACGCUAAGAGCAUCAUAACCACUUCAAGCUAUUGUAUUGGUAAGGGGGCCAGGAUUGUACUGGUGUGCUCCUGGAGUUUAGAAUGCUUUGACAACUUACCUGGAUCCUGUGCUCUAGGAUCCGAAUACAGGACCGCUAUCAGCUGACGAUCUCAGCCAGUGACCUUAGCCCUUCUUAUUUCAUUGGAGCCAACUGGAUACUCCUGCAAGGUUUAACAAAUUAUAAUGGGAUGUUCCCAUGGCGCUUUUGCCACCAUAACAGCAGCCUGUAGUUAUGGUUCUUAGUGUUUCUUUAAGAACUGUUUAUACAUAUAUUUAAAGUGCACUUUUGUAAGAGCAGUGCUUGGAUAAAAACUAUUGCACUCAUUAUAUAUUAUAGUGUGUGUGUGUGUGUAAAAUAUAUAUAUAUAUAUAUAUAUACAUAUAUAUAUAUAUAUAUAUAUACAUAUAUACAUAUUUUUAAUACAAUGAUAAAAAAAAAUCUGCACACCAGUCAAGCCAUUAGACUUGCUAUUCCUAAAGAAAUUACAUGUUUGCAGUGAAGUUACUACUGCAAAGGAUUCUGGGUGGGCAUAUGCAAAUUAGUUCAACAAAGGGCACUUUAAAUAUAUAGAUAUAGAUGAAUGGAAAAAGCCAGCACUCUAGGUCUUGCAAAGAAACUUCUUGUUUAUUUCAGCAAUCAGUCAACGUUUCAGUUCUGUUUAGAACUUUCCUAAGGACAUUUCUUUUCCUCAGGACAGGAUUUUUAUGUCCUGAGGAAAGUUCUAAACAGAACUGAAACAUUGACUGAUUGCUGGAAUAAACAAGAAGUUUCUUUGCAAGACCUAGAGUGCUGGCUUUUUCCAUUCAUCUAUCUACUGUGCAGUCGAGCACCAGGCAACAUUCUAAGGAUAGCUGGAGUGCAAAAUUAUUUGGUAUUGUGUGUGUGUGUGUAUAUAUAUAUAUGUGUAUAUAUAUAUGUAUAUAUGAAAUUACAUCCGUAACAGUGAUCAACAUUUUGACCCUGUCGGGUCUUUUUAUAUAUGUAUAUGAAGAUUUUGUAUCUUGUUAUAACUUAAUUUUUUUUUUUUUUUUUGGACUAACAGAAUUUUAUAAUAUUAUACCAGCUCCAUGCAACUCCCACAAGGGGGCCUCAGCCCAAACGGCACUUAAGACUGGUUUCACAUAGUAGUGCAUAUUGCAUAUUGUCACAUCGCACCGGGUAUCCUGCCCGAUAAUCAAAUGAAACGUUUACUAUUGUCAUGUUUGCACAAUAUCUGGUUCAAGGCAGGACUCCGGACCUAACGCUUGUUUAAAAAAAAAAGUGCAACUUUCUCCACAUGUCAGUGCUAAGUUUUUACUCUCCAGCAGGGAGUGUACAUUUUGAGCUCCAUAUACACCAUUAACAUAUAUAUGUAAUUUCCAUAUUUUAUGGGCUGUGUAAAUGCUAUAAUAUUGUGGCCAUCAAGAAUACCACAACAUAACUUUUAUAUGUAAAAAGAAAAUGCUUAAUUGUCAUUGGGUAACUGCAGAGUUUGAGGGGAAAAAAAAAGGUACAUUAUCUUAUUUUGCAUCUAUAGCUUCAUACCAAAAGCAUUUUGAAACCCAUUCUUCCUUUUGACUGUUGUGGUAGAGAAUUUUAAGUGUGCUUUCAUUCAACAGGUGAAGUCAUUAAACUAACUGAUGUCAAGGACUUCUCCCUCUCUCUCUGGCUGAUAUUUAUGGUCUGCGUGUGUUACUACGUUGCUGUGUUUCCUUUUAUUGGGCUUGGAAAGUAAGUAUUCUGUAACUCACAACAGUAGGUAUUUACUCUCUUUUUAGGAAUAUUGCGCUCAGGUGUGUACAUGUUAUAUGUACUGCCUUGCUUUGAGAAUCUAAAUACACAUGUUAUAUAGGCUAGUGUGGUUUACUCUACCCUAAACAAAUCUAGCCACAUUAAUCAGCAGAUUCCCUAUGAUGGAAUUGCAGUAAAGUUUGUUCAUGGUCAGAUAAAUAGAACUGUUCUCCUCUUCGAAAUGUACUAGACUGUUAAAGGGUAACUGUCAUGAAAAUACAACUAAAUAAUAGUUAAAUCUUAAAUAAUAGAGGAUCUAUCAUCUGUACAUUUUGCUAGCAGAAUUUCCUGUCAUUUCAGACUUGUACAGCAACUUGUAAUUUUUUUUUUUUUUAUUCUUUAUUUUUUGUUGUGCAUAAAGAUUAACAAUCAUGCUUGCUAUGCCACAACAGCAGAUAUAAACAUUUCAAGAGACAGAAUAUUAUGGCAUGUGAUUGAAACUGCACAUUUUUUUUUUUGGAAAAGUGAGACAGGUUAAAUGAAGAUGUGUCAGUAUAUGAAUAUGCAUAAGGGUUAAUGAAAACAUGCUUUUGAGCCUGACACUGAGUGAGUAAGUAUAAGAUAAGUUACGUGGCUAGUAUGCAAGCUAGGUGAAAUAAUAGACGAUAAACAUGCUGGGCAAAAUACAGGCUAAUUCAAGGUUGAAUUUAUUCACUGUGGUCUUGGGUCCUCUUGAGUGUUGUGCUGCCCGUUAAAUUCCAUGGUCUCGUUUGUGUGGCAUGGCAGGAUCAGUGUUAUUACAUGGUCGUGUUGCAGUGAGUUCAGGAGGCCUUGGGUAGAGUCAUUUUCAUCCGAUGCCGCCUUUCAGGGAACGGCAGGAGCCAGUCAGUGGGUCUUGGUGGUCUGCUGGUGUGAGUGAGAGUGUCACUCCAGACCCAGGCUGAUGUGCAGGCCUGCAUCUCUUGACCACAAACUCGGUCACAUCUGGGAUCCAGUAGUCACCUGUUGCUUGUGGUACUUAUGCCUCCGUAUAUGUAGUCUGCAGCCCAGGUCGGCAAGGUAAAGUGGGGUCAGAUGGGUCUUCCCCUCACCUCCCACUGCCUGUGGCUCCGCUCACUUGCCUGCUGUAGUUCAGGCAUGUUGGUUUGGGCCACUGAUUGCCGCUCCCUUAGUUUGCUCCAGCAGCGGUUGAAAAUCGCCUCUAGCUGAGCGGUCUAGACUCUGUGAGAGAUCCAACUGUUGCUGUUGUGUCGGUAGCAUGCUCUGGUUGUGUGUUAUGCUGUCAGCCGCCAUCUUAGAUGCGCCCUGUGAAUGGCCGCAAAGGAUUCUGAAUGGCCGCACCUCCGCGUCUCAGAUUCAGGCUUAUGGUGAGGUCUUGGCUGGCUGCCUCAGAUGUCUAGUGAGGACCAGGAUAACCCCAGCCGGUCCAUAGGGGUGGGGGGGGGGAGGGUAGGCAGUGAGUGUGCGGAGGGGUUUGUUUGAGGCUUUGCCAUCGGGGAUAGCGGCCACCUCACUGCGGGUAGGCCCCAUUUGCUUGUGCGAGUUCCUGGGCAGUGUGUCUCUCGUUUUUGGUGUCGUUUGAUUAUUUUUUUUCCCCGCCAAGUCUCAUGCCCUCCUGCUGGUGAGCGCUCCAAUUUUUGGGGUAUUUCCCUGUUUUUAUGUCUCAUUUGUCAGGAGCUGAUUCUCGGCACGUCUUUCAAGCCCGGCAGUUAGACUCCGUUCCAUUUUGGGGACUUUUAACAUUUAUGGGAAGCAGGUCUGUGUUUCCCAAACAGGGGUAUGAAGAAGAUGUGUGUCUUACUGCAAGUAACACCCAUGAGAACAUCACUUAAUUGUAUGACAUGAGUCAGUUCCGAUAAUUAGAAAACUGCAAACCUCUGUCAUGGGUUUUUGAUAAGCAAUUUGACGAUUAGGACCAUUGAUCUAUAAAGUUGUGUGUAAUAUUUGUUUUCCUUCUUUUUAGGGUCUUCUUCAUUGAAAAAUUCAAUUUUUCACCAUUACAAGCAGGUGCAAUAAACAGGUACUUAUUUAAAAAAAAAAAAAAAAAAAAUUCGUUUUGGUUUUCCUCCUUUUUUUUUUUUUUUUCCCCUGACAUUUAUUCAUACUCCAGAAAUCUUUACCAAUGUGUUGAGAAUGUACCUUAUGCUGCUUGCAUAUAAUAGUCUCUAUUAUAUUACUAUUAUAGAUCCACCAGACACCAUAACCAGCAUAAUCUAAAUUACGUUUUUAUGGUGCCAGGAGUUUGAGUGCCAUCGUACUUGUGAAUAUGGCAUGUCUGCUCUUCCUGGCAACUUCUGCCAGUAGUCUGAGGCUUCAAUCAGGAGGCCCCCAGGCAUGGUGCCGCUGAUAGUCUGUGAAUGUUAGCUGAAACUCUCAGCCUAUCUAUAGCUCCCCAUUUAGAACACUGGGUGAAAAAGCUACGGGCAGUGCUGCUCUAUUUUUCUGCUCAUUUUAAAUACAAAAACAAAGCAAUUUUGGCUCGCAGAAUUUUGAUGAAGAUGAAGAUUUUCUUUUUGUGUGUGUUUUCUCACCAAAUGUAGUGUGGUCUACAUCAUCUCAGCGCCUUUGUCACCUUUAUUUGGUUUUAUGGUUGAUCGAAUUGGGAAGAACAUUAUCUGGGUAAUGUGUGCGGUGGUAGCGACACUCUGUGCCCAUAUGAUGUUGGCCUUUACUUUCUGGAAUCCUUGGAUUGCUAUGGUAGGUUGUCACUGAUACAAUAGUUCAAGACUACCAUUUUCUUCGAAAGUGUAGCAUAUGGUUUAGCCUUGCUGACUUCUAAAUACCUUGAUUUGCUUAUGGCUUUUAAAGUUCUUUUAUCUGACUUUAGAGAAGAUGCCAUUUAUAUUUGUAUAUUGUAGUCAAUCUGUUUUUGAAAUGUGUUCAUUUUUUUCACCCCUAGAGUUUACUGGGAGUUUCCUAUUCUUUGUUAGCUUGCGCUCUGUGGCCCAUGGUAGCUUUUGUUGUUCCAGAACAUCAGCUGGGUACUGCAUAUGGAUUGUAAGUAUUACCAAUCAUCUUUUAUUAUAUCUAUUCAUUUAAGAUACUGAAUAUUUUCAAGGUGGAUUUAGUUUUUUUUUUUUUUAAUAUAUAAUCUGACAUAGGUAAUUUGUCUGAUUUAUUUUUUAUUUUUCUAUCUUUCAGCAUGCAGUCGAUCCAGAACCUCGGUCUUGCUAUUAUUGCCAUAGUUUCGGGUAUCAUACUGGACACUAGUGGAUAUCUCUUUCUAGAAGUUUUUUUCAGUGCCUGCAUUUGUGGUAAGUCUUGCAUGCAUUGAUUGCAGUUUAUUGAUAAUACAAAUAUACUGAUUGCUAGACUUUAGAAAACAAAAAAUGCCUACCUUUUUCCUCUGUUGGGUUAGUGAAGGAGAAAUAGUAUUUGUGUAUGAAAUGAGUGAAUUACCCAUCUGGCAAAGUCUGACCACUCACUAGUCAAUCUGAUCACUUCUGGCCAUGUAUAUCAGAGGACCAGAGGCUUGUGCCAUUAUACACUGGCUGAUAUCUUGAUUGAUUGAUCAGACAUUAGAGCUUUUCUAAUCGUCACUAAAGGACUGGAAAUCAGCAAUUUUAGAAGUAGGGGAUAAUGGUUGAUUAGUCCAUCCUUACAGUUGCACUACCCAAAAAAGCCCUUGGUCUUUUGAUAUACAAAUUAAUCUGUAUAUUUUCAAUGGAUUCAUAAAAUAAAACUCUGAGAAAAACAAAUACCUAUUUUUUUCUUAUUUUCCCUUCAAUUAUACUUUGUAUGAUUUUUAACACUUUUAUCUUAUUCUCAGUGGCCAUUAUAGCAGUGGUUAUGCUGUAUUUUGUCAACCUUGUUAGAGGUAAGAAAAAAGAUUUUCUCACUUUUUGUCUGUCUGUGCGAAGAGAUUUAACAAUAGACUUAUGUUUUUAUUAUGCUUUUGUAACUGGUUUCAGAUUUCCAUUGACAUGUUGCUCGUCCACAUCUGUUCCUUCGUUCACUCUUCACCAUUUCUUACACUGGCUUAAAAAGCCACCACUUCCUUCUGCUGACUGACAAAAAUGUACUAUAUCUAUGUUAUAAAUGAUUUAAUAGAUUCUGGUCAUGGCUCAGUCUUUCUGGUGUUUAUGCUGUUCCAGUGGAUGACCACUGUCCUCCCAAGCACAUAUAUAAAAUCCAUAUUCAAUAGUGGCUUGCUACAUUAUUUGCUUCCUGGAUCUCUAUGGCAUCAGACUCUCCGUGAUCUUAAUGAUCAUAUUUACAAUGUUUCUAUUGCUGAGCGGUCAUAAAUAUUGCAAGUAGGAAUGUGCAUAUUACCCUCAGCAUUGUGAUGUCUUUAAGCCCAUACUGUAUAAUUUAGGACUCCAAUAGCCUCUCAUGCCAUCGUUGCAAGCUGUUCUUCAAAGACCCCAUGCCAGCAAUAUCCUACCUAUUUGCCAUUAGCUCUAUGUAAGGUUAUAACACCCAGACAUCACACUCUACUUGUCAUCUGGUUAUUCCACUGUUCCUAUUCCAUUGUGUUUAGCCAGCCCUAAAUUCUUUUGUUGGAAGCACGUAGACUACAGUGAUUUAUAGAUAAUGUAAAUGUGUUUUGUUCUAGGUGGAGAUCUCAAUUUAUCUUCCUGGGAGAGAGCGAAACUGCUGAAGCAAGCGGCUAUUGAGUAAGUAGUUUUGUUUUAUGUUUUAUAAUGAAAAGUGUGCAUAUUUGCAUGUUUGUCUUGCAUAUCAUUUGAGCCUGCUAAUCUAAUCUGUUUUAUUAAUUUGGCAUAUAAUAGUACAUGAUUUGUCCUGGUGCCGAAUCAAAUCACGUUGCUUUACCCUUGGAAUUGUGGUCUAGUUUCCCCUGUGCUUAUUUCCAUGCCUGUCUCCAUGUAGUUCUUGGAAUCCUUUGCUUUGUGCUUUUGGCUUUGACAUUGCUGUUUAAUAAUUCUGAUUUAAUGAACAUGUCUGAUCACUUGGUGGGUAACUAGUGUUUUUAAAUAAAACUAACCGGUCUGUUACUAUACAUAGGGCACAAGGUCAUGUAUUUAGACUGGAAGAAAGGAGAUUUAGUCUUAGGCAAGGGAAAUGUUCUUUUUUUACAGUAAGAACAAUAAGGAUGUGGAAUCUUCUGCUUGAAGAUGUGGUUUUAUCAGUCUGUACAGAUGUUUAAACAGCAACUGGAUGAAUACUUGCAAAAUCAUUUCAAAAAUUUAAAAAAACAAAAAAAUCUUUUCGACCGCAGAAUGGUAGUCAAAUCUUUCCUUGGACCAAGGAGCUUUUGCGCCACUAAUUAAAAAUAUCCCUGAAUAUAAUAUCCCUGCUUUCAGUGAUAUAAUUUUUAAUUAGUGGCGCAAGAGCUCCUUGGUCCAAGGAAAGAUUUGACUGCCAUUCUGCGGUCGAGAAGACUUUUUUUAGUUUCUUGAAAUAGUUUGUUUUAAAAUUGCAAAGCGCUUCAAACUGAGUUUUCUGCCUUCUUUUGGAUCAACAUAAAAAACAAAUGUGAGGCUGGCUGAACUUGAUGGCACAUGUCUAUUUCCAGCCUAUGUAACCAUGUAUGUUUAGCUAGAGAUGCUAGAGAUCAGGAUGAUGCUUUUGUAGUAUUGUCUCCCAGAAUCUGUACUACUUUUCUCUAUUUCUGAUCUAGUGUCAGCGGAGCUGAAUGCGCCUGCGCGGCAAGUGCUGCGCGCGCAUUCAAAGUGUCCAUAGGAAAGCCUUUCUCAAUGCUUUCCUAUGGACGCUCUGCACGAUAGAGGCAUAAUAUGCCUCCAGCGUCGCAGAUGCGCCUCUAGUGGCUCUCCGGAAGACAGCCACUAGAGGCUGGUUUAACCCCAAAUGUAAACAUAGCAGUUUCUCUGAAACUGCUAUGUUUGCAUCUGAAGGGUUAAAACCAGAGGUACCUGGCACCCAGACCACUUCAUUGAGCUGAAGUGGUCUGGGUGACUAUAGUGUCCCUUUAAGUCAGCAUCAUUUCCUGUGUGAAGUAGAAGAGCAAGUACUUUCUUUGAAACCGGAAAUGGAGCUGACUUAAGCUCCUUCUUUGGUCAAAGAAAGUAAAGUGUAGUAAAAAUACAUCGGACAAAGUGGUCCAUUUAUCUUAAAACGUAAACCAGAAGUUAAAAAAAAAAAAUUCUGAGAGAGGUAGAAGAAACAACAGGAUUAAGGCAAGUUUGGCAUGAUGGUGCCGUUUCAAAUAAUAUAUUAUUUAAUAAUAAUAAGAAGUUUACAAUCCUAUUUAGGAGGGGACUCAAGUAGUUAAAGGGACACUCCAGACCUUUAAAUCACUUUGGUUUGCUGAAAGGUUUUGUGUACAGUGUGCCCUUUAUUUUAAGCAGAAAACCGGUCCUGUUACUUCCGGUUUGCUCUUGGCUCAAUAGGGCUAAACUCAACGGGCAGCAAUUGCCCAGAUCUCCUGGCUUGGAAAGACUUCAUUGAGCUGCAUUGGAAAGUCUGUAAUUGGACGGCAUCAAAGUCUGGGCGGGGUUAGAAGGGGAGAGCUUGUAAAGGCAGCAGACAAGAGAUAUGCAGGUUUUACAUGCUGUUUUUAGAUAUAACCCCAAUGAAAAAAAUACACAAUUAAAUGCACGUUUUCAUUUGGGGUAUAUCUACAAACCAAUGAUUGUUUUAAAACUUAUUUUGGAAUUUGUACAUUGGAGUGUCCCUUUAAAGGGCUGAGAUGAUCAGCUCAUACGCCCACAGUGUAUCACUGGCUAACCUUUUCUCAUACAGCAGUACAGGGAGGAAGGAAGCUGGCUGGCAGCUGUGUCCAGCGUUUGUAUAAUCUCUGAAGUUAAGAAGGAGCCCAGACACUCUUGCCCCCCCCCCCACCCUAACCACUUAAAUCUGCUUCCUGUAAUCUCACAUUUUCUAAAUCACGGAGAUACAUUUAUACCAAGGCUAGUAUAUGCAAUGGCUUCUUGUUGAAUGAAACAUGAUCUAAGAUAACAGGGUGUUAAGUGGAUGUCUUGCUUUCCUGUGAGGAGUUAAACAUUUGCUUGUGAGCUAUGAUCAGAUGAAAAAAAACAAAAAAAAACCUGUAUGCCAUAUUUUGACUUUGUGGCUUUGGGUAACCCAUACAUUCUUUACACUGGAUUUAUGGAAUAUUUGGUUAUCUGCAGUCUUCCAUGUGACUUCAUUAAUCCACUCAUUCGGAUAUUCAGGAAAAUGCAUAGUUCUCUGGGAGACCAGCUUGGUAGUUAAAUUUUUAUUAUUUAUUCUUGUCAUUGAGGUCAUUAACAAUUUUUACAAUUUAAUCAUUUUAUUUAACAAAAAUGUUUGUUACCAAUUCAGUGAACAUGCCAACCAUAUGUUAUGGAAACAUGUAAACAAGCUAGGGUUUAUCAUAGAGGGAGGAAACCCUACAAAUAUGUAUAUACAAGAUGUUGAGUAAACGUUGCCUUAUUUUUUUUUCUAAAUUUUGGUCUAAUUUUUCCCACUCUUGUCAUAUAAAAGCAACUCACUUGGAGUUCUUUACUAAAGUGAGAAAUUACAGAAAUUCUAGGUGAUUUUCAAAUUUAAGAAAUAGUUAAUGACCUGGAAGCACAGCUACUUUGGCCACAAUGACUGUUGGAAUUUCACUGAAAUUCCAACUAAAUAGUCAAAAUAUAUACUAUGACAAAGUAGUGACUACUUUCUCCUAUGUAUAUUCUCUAUGCCAGACAAAACGUAACAAAAGAUGGAGCUACCGCUUCAGGUUUUGUCAUUUCUGCCAAGCGCCACUAGUGACUGAUGAAUGAAGGCAUUGUCUAUGGCAGUUCCUCCAUAGAUCUGUUGUACUCUUGCGCAUGUGCAAGAGUACAAACACUGUGUGCUCUUGGCAACUGAAGUGCCAGCAGCUGAGGAGGACUGAACUGACAAAGAUGGAUGUGUCCUCAAGGGACAACUUCAGGUAAGUAAGCUCAUCUUUCCAUGAAUCCUGCAGUCAACAUCGGCUUUUUUGCAAAAUAUGCAAAUACCCCAGAUGGUGAAAGAGCCACUUUACGUAAAGAAUUCUGAUCUUUGUCACACAAAAUUUGAGAGGAACCCUAUUGCAGAGCGUCUGCUAAAGGAAUUCUCUAAUUUUAGGAAUGUGUCUAUUCUCAGUCCAUUAGUAUAUUGUUCUCAGUCUGUUAGCGGCUCCCAGUCCCAGGCUGGAUUCAAGCCUUGGAUUGCAAUGGAUGUAACCGAACAGAGCUGACUGGUUAACCCUGUGAGGAGACACUUGGAGACUUCCUCACACCACAACAACUUUAUUCCGAUUAAGCUAUUAUGGUGCUCGGAGUGUUAAUCAUGCUGCAUGUAGGACUUUGUAGUAUACUGAUGUAAUUCCAUUGGUCAUAAUGUAACUGGCUUUGUUAUAAAACACCUUAAAUUAUAGAACUGCUUAUAAGCCAUUCAUCACUAAAUAUAUUUCACUGUUUCUACUUGGGACAGUAUGCCACAGUAAUUUUCAAAUAUGACUGCUUCCAGGGAGUUUAAUAUAUGGUUUUAUCAGAAUUGGAGCAAAUGCUAUGUAGGUAUAAAUUACUUUCUAAUGUAAGAUUAUGGUUUAAGUAACAUUAUAUUAUAUAUCUAUAUUCCACUAUAGAAGGCAUAGUAAAUUCAGCUUUUUAGGAUGGGAUGCUUGUUUCAGAAUAAUGCGUUUUUGGUGUAGAAGUUUUUCUAGUAUGUCUACAUACACCGAUAUCACGUUCGUUUCCUGAUUUCUGACUAUGCUGUUGUAAUACAGAAAGUUUUAGUACCAGAAUAAAUUGUAAUGAUUAGAACAACUUCUAGAACUCCCCACCAUCUGAUCAUCCACGAUUGUGUUGACUAAAUUCUUGUAUGUGCUUUGCAUUAACUUUUUUAUUUAUUUUUGCAUACGCUCUUGGCGGCUGUCACCUGCUUUCCCCGCUCUGUCUUUCCAUAGCAAGUGUAAAAGAUGUUUUAUGUAAUGAAUGUAAGGCCUUGUUCUUUUUCAGCUGGAAUGGUCUAUGUGGAGAUCCAUAAAGUUAGUGUAUCCUAUUCUUCUGUUAGAAAUAAGUUUAAAAAAAAAAAAAAAGUUAAUAUGACCGUUUUGGUUAACAAACAACUUUAGCUUAGAGAAAGUAUGAGUAGUGAUGUCGCGAACCGUUCGCGAACUUGCCGCGAACGGUUCGCCACGGUUUGCCGUGAACCGUUCGCGGCGAACUCCGGUCAGCUGACACAUCCCUGCCAAUCUCCGGCAGACCCUCCCUCCCAGACCCUCCUACUUCCUGGACAGCAUCCAUGUUGAAGGCAGCUUCAACAUGGAUGCUGUCUGGGAGGUGGGAGGGUCUACCGGAGAUUGGCAGGGAUGUGUCAGCUGACCGGAGUUUGCGGCAAGUUCGCGAACGGUUCGCGACAUCACUAAGUAUGAGCAUUUUGUAUCUCCUGCACGGUUUAUUGAACGUUAAAGGGACACUCUAUGCAACGAAAAACAACUUUAACUUAAUGAAGCAGUGUUGAGAAGAGAUUUUUCCCAUGCAGUCUCUCUGCUCAAUUCUCUGCCAUGUAGGCUUUAAAUCAGUUUUGCGUCUGUCCAUACAGCCCUAGUCACACCUCCUUUGGCUGUGACUCUCAAAGCUUGAAUGAAAAAAAGGAUUUAAUUUUCAAUCAGAUCUUUACUUUAGAGAUUUUUAUCCCCUGCUCUGUAAAUUGAAUUUUAAUGACACAUGAGGCUCCUGCAGGGUCUGGAAGGCUAUCAACAGAGUAGACUAUAAGAAAUUAAACAGACCGUAAUCAAGGCAGUUUAAACAUUAGAUCUCUCUUUACAGUAAGUGUUAGGAAGACUGUGUAAGUCACAUGCAGGGAGCUGCGACGGCGUAAGCAAAGUAAUUUAUGGCAUUGAGCAGUGAGUCUGCAGGGGCAUCAUCUAUCCACCAAACCUGCUUCAUUCAGCUAAAGCUGUAUUUGUGCCUAUAGUGUCCCUUUAAUCCUUCCAUGUGAAACAUUGUCAUUUUUGUAGCAACUGCAAUGUUUCCAUUGCAGGGUUAAAUACAAUUCUAGUAGCUGUCAUGGGUGCCAAGUCCUCCAGAAUCAAGUGAAACUACAAUCUGGUAUUAAAUGGUAUUAUAGCAGCAUUUGAUUGGAGAACUGUGGUGUUUGGCCGCUCAUUCGUAUCUCCAGUUUAGUGCUUCUCUAUGAGGAUAAGCAUUUUGGAUAAUUCCAGCAGACAUGCUGACGUCUUUCAAGCCAGAGGGGGCAGCUGCAGUGGCAGAGUGUCUGCGCUGGAAACAAUGUAAGUAAUCAUGUAAAGGGACACUUCAGACCUCAUAAUUAUAGUGUAUACAUAUUUUCAUUGGGGGAAUAUCUAACAAACACGGAUUUAUUUUAUUUAUUUUUUGUGGGGUGUUUGGCAGCAGAGUGUCCCUUUAACUUUUUUCUACUAGCAAAGGGAGAUGGACAAAAGGGAACUUGUGGUCUAAAAGGGACUUCUAGAUGCUUGUGGCUCUCUAACUUUCUGAUGUGUGCAGCUGCAGUCCACUGGUGGAAGCUCAAUAUUGGUGUAAACAAUCCUUCUAUUUUUUCAUGUAGCCAAAAUACGAAAUGGAUAGUGUUGGCUUAUCCUAUUGGUUUAUUCACUAAAGUCCUAGUUGUAGGAAACUGUAGGAAAUCAAAGCUAAAAUAAAGGAAAAAAAUCUCCAAUUCUGCUUUAUAGUCACAGCUUAGCGAUUUAAAGGACCACUAUAGUGCCAGGAAAACAUACUCGGUUUCCUGUCACUAUAGUGCCCUGAGGGUGCCCCCACCCUCAGGGUCUCCCUCCCGCCCGGCUCUGGAAGGGGGAAAGGGGUAAAAACUUACCUUUUUCCGGCGCUGGGCGGAGAGCUCUCCUCCUCCGAUUCUCCUCCCCGUCGGCUGAAUGCGCACGCGCGGCAAGAGCUGCGCGCGCAUUCAGCCGGUCACAUAGGAAAGCAUUAUCAAUGCUUUCCUAAGGACGCUGGCGUGCUCUCACUGUGAAAAUCACAGUGAGAAGCAUGCAAGCGCCUCUAGCGGCUGUCAAUGAGACAGCCGCUAGAGGAAAUAGGGGAAGGCUUAACCCAUUCAUAAACUAGCAGUUUCUCUGAAACUGCUAUGAUUAUUAUAAAAUGGGUUAACCCUAGCUGGACCUGGCACCCAGACCACUUCAUUAAGCUGAAGUGGUCUGGGUGCCUAGAGUGGUCCUUUAAGCUUUAAUGGUGCCAUUUCAAUGUCACAUGUGAACUUCAGUGAAUAAACUCUUUAGGAAUUACUUCUGAAACAAUAUUUCUUCCAUGUAGACUUUGUAAAUAUAUAGAUCAGAAACACUGCAACCUUGUACAUCAGAAAGAAGCCAGGAAAAUCAAAUGGAGCAUUUACUUAUUAAAGUGUUGGUUGCUUUGUCAUUUAUAGACUUAAAGAGGCACUCCAGGCAGCAAAACAACUUCAUCUAACCAAAGUUCUUAGGUGCCAGGAGGGCCCCAGAUGCACUCCCUCCUUACCUUACGAAUAGUUUAACCCCAAUGUUGCCGCAAGUGCCAAUAUCAUCUCCACAGAGGACUGUUAGCCAGUAUUAAAAGGCAUAAGCCAUUUUAAGAUCUUUUAAAAUGGCUAUGACUGUUGUAAUGUAGCAUAUAUUAAAGGAACACUAAACAGUCAGAAAUGAUUCUCAGCGGGUGGGAGCAGACCCAAACGCUGCCAUAGCUAAUCAGCGUUUCUUCAUAGAAAUGCGUUGAAUCAGUGCAUGUCUAUGGGGAAUGUACAGCAUCUCCAUGCAGAGUGUGACGACGCUGAACAUCAGUGCUCCACAUUGUGCAACACUGACCCAUGAAGCACCUCUAGUGUCCGUCUAAGUGUUGGCCACUAGAGACCUUUCCAGACUGUAAUGUAAACACUGCCUUUCUCUGAAAAGGCAGUGUUUACAUGAAAAUACCUGAAGGGAUUGAUUAUACUCAUCAGAACAACUACGUUAAGCUGAAGUUGUUCUGGUGCCUAUAGUAUCCCUUUAACAUACACUUUGAUUCAUCAUAGUGGAACCUCACACUAGUUAUCAUUUAAAUGUGCUUUAAUAGGUAUAAGGGAUGUACAUUUAAGUUAAAAAAUAAAUAUACAUUUAUAUAUGUAUGUCUCUUAAUGCAAAUUGUUCUGUUAUCUAGAUUAGUGUCUAUAGAAGUACAAGUUAUAACUUUUAUAUUUCACAACAAUGUUUUGCAGAGAUGAAAUUUGAAUAGCAAAUGUCUCCCUCAAGUAUGCAGAAUACGGUCAACAACAUGUCAACUCGAAGAGUCUUAAUGUCUUCUGAGCUUGAUUACAAAUAGCUAUAUGCAUGUUUAACAACCUGUUUUAAACUACUUGUACAGUAAGACUGUAUUGUGGCUGUUGGUAAUUAAGGACCUUUCGGUACAAUAAUCAUGCAUCUUUUUUAUUUUAUGUAUUUUAUUUUUUUUGUCAAUGACAUGAUAGUAAUGAAGGAUAUUUUGGUACAUAACCGCAUAUGUAAUUUUAUAUAGAAGGAUUAUGAAAACAAAAAAUAUAUUUCUAGAAUCUACACAUUUGAGGUAGUUCUUAUGUUUGUCUUUAACUUGAUCAUGUAAUAGUUUUCAUUACUUAUCUAUUUUCUGUGUAAUAGAGAAUUGUUUCCGAUUUUAUAGCACUUGACUUUGAAGAAAAACAUUACUAAUUUAGACUGCAGCUUUAAUUUGUGAAAAUGAUAUAUUUUUGUUUUAAGCCUGCUAUAAGGAUUGUAAUUCUGUCUUGCACGUAACUGCUUUGUUGGGGGUUGAUUUUUAUAUAUUUCUGGAGGGCUUUAGUUACUGAUCAGAGUCCUCUGUCUGCUUUGAUAGCAGAGUGCAGUGUUCGUAGUAUCCGUAUUGUUUAACACACUGUAUUCCGGCAAAGCAAAAACAAGCCAUUUAAAAAAAAUAAAAAAAUUUUUAGAACAAAAGGUUACUCGUACCUUAAGGGUAUUGGUUAGUUUUUUAAGCGCUCUGUCCCUUUAUGAGGUCUUUGCAUAUUUUGCAAAGACUCUAGAUAGUGACUGCUCUGCUUGCCUUUCAGCUUGCGGGGUUGGGGGAGGGGGUCCUUUUUUUUGUCUUAAUAAAUCCCAAAGUUAUCUAUCAGCCGCACUUAUAGGUGAUUGAAAAUGUUACAACUUUUUCCCCCUGCUUUUUCCUUUUAUAUUUGUAAGCACUUAUUUUCUUUUCUUUCUCUCCAAAUGUAUCUCUAAAAUGCAAUUACUAUUUUGCACUUUAGUUUACCAUGUACAUUUGUUUCAAUUGUUUAAAGGAAAACCAUUUGGCCAUUUCCAUAUAUUCUUUAUUAUGCACUUAGCUAUUGAUUGUGUUCUUGCAGUUUUUGUAUAGAAUGAUGGAAUUACACAGAGACCUCUAGCAACUAUGUUGUAAAUUCUGUGUUUAAAAGUAGGGGGAGGGGGGAUUAAAACAAACUAUUUUGGAUCGGAUGUUUUAGAAUUGACAAUAAAAACACUUCAUGUGCCUGAGGCAUACACACAAAUGUAUAGUAUUAAUGUAGUUUGAGCUAAAAUAAUAAAUAUUGCUCUACCUUUUUAUCAGUUUUACUGUCACAAGCAUGUCACAAAGACACAUCCUGUCCUUCUAACCCUCUAACAGAUUAUGUAACAUAUUGCUUACUUCAGAUACCCAUUGUUUUUUCUCUUCUCAAAUUAUGCAAUUUUGUGCAUUUUUGGAGAUGUUACUGGGGGACUUGUAAUUUAGACUUUGGUUUUUCCAUUUGUUUUACCUAUACCUGUCUCUAAUAAGGCGAUGUUCUAUAAAACUAUAUACGGAAACGUGGUUAUCCAAAAGCUUACCAGCAAGAACAAAGGUUAGAGACCUUUAUUUCGGGUUAUAAGGAUACAUGUUGUCCCAUAAUUUAGCCAUUCUGUUAGAACGUGCAAAAUGCUGGGUGAUUUUAAUAUGAAACAGGUUCCUUUUGCAUCAUAGAGAGUAUUAGUUCACUGUGUCGUGCCUAAAGAGAUCAUAAAGGGAAAAGUAAACUCUUGUGUGUGACACAAUACUAAUGCCGUGACAUAUUUUAUCUUGAUUUUAUGGUUUUGUUAGUCUGAAUGAAUGAUUUGUGUCAUAUAUUCUGUUUUGCGGAGCAAGUAUUCUGUUUUGCUUUUGAUAUUACACCUGCUGGUUAUGACAUUUCUUACUUGCUGUUAUUUGAUAUGUACAUUUAGGAAUAAUGACUUUUUCCCCAAUGAAGUUCCCUUCAUAUAAGGUACUUACUUGUUCCUGGCUUAGAUCCUUUUGAUAUGGUCGAUUCCAGGUAUAAAUAACCAUUCGCAUAACAUAUGGUUUCUUUUUUUAUAUGCCGUGAAAGAAAUGGAAGCGCUGCAACUCCAAGUCAGUUUAAUGAUUCUUUAAAUACAUCCAAAUAUUGACCUGCCAAGACCAUUAAUAUUGAAACAUCGAAUGGUCUACAUUUGGAUGUGCUACAUCUUCUACAUUGAAUUAAAGUUGCAGUGUUUCUAUUUCCUCAUGACUCAGUGGUUGUGAUCUAAAGUAUGUAGUCCUUUAAUACUGUUGAUACACCAUGAGACGAGUAGCAGUCCUGUGUUCACUGUCUUCAUAUAUAUAUUGUGUGUGUAUAUGCUAUGGCUUGGGUGACCACUAAAGGUAUGGCCUGCCCACUGUCAUUGGAUCUGAAUAACAAAUCAUGUUUUCAUUAGGUCCUAAAAGUUGCACAAAUGGCUCUGUCAUAUAAUCUGUUAAAAUGACUUCCAUGAUGGUAAUGAUCAGGUAACAAAAUGAUUUCAGAACAGUAUAGCCAUCCAGUCUGCUGAGUAAAUCCCACUGGUAAAAAAUAUGGUCUAAUUUGUAUGGUUGUUCUGGCUUAUACAGUUUGUUUUCCUGUUGACUGCAAUGUCUGGCUUAAUACACCGCUUGGGUCAUCUAUUUGGUUUAUGACACUCGUGUUUGUUUUAGUAUUUGUUUUCUUUUCUUUUUUUAAUUUUUAUUAUAAUGAUUUGCUCAGGGAUAGUUUUCAUGUGACCUGGCACCUUGAAGCAUGUAAUUGAAUGCAGAUACGCAUGUCCUUUACCUAACUUGACAUAGAUAAAUUGUGCUACAUUUUAAACCAUUUUGGAGAGUAGACAUUUAGUAGUUUUUCUGAAAGAGUUGUCUGAAAUUUAAUGAACCAUGCAUUUAAAUCUAAAAUUUACAGUAUUUGUCUUUUGAACUGUUAAAAAGCACUUAAUGUCUCAACAAAUGUUGUCACUUUGUUUUAUAAAAGUAAUCUACUACAAAAAUGUACUGUUUUUGUUAGUCUUUCACUGUUAACUUUUUAUGACAUAGUGAUUAUAUUACAUUUUUAUUGAUCCUGUUUCCUGGACUUUAAUCUAAAAAAAAAUAAUAAAUUACUAAAUAAAAACUUGGUGAAAUAAAUUAUUUGUUGUGUGUUUUGUUGAUCUUUCUUCUUAGUAACCGUCAGUUUUAAUAAUUUCUUGUUUGGUUUGUCGGUGGUUUUUAUUGGACAGUGACGCUUUUUUGAGAAGUUCAAUCCAUUGAAUGUGAUUUUAUUUUUUAAAAAAAAUUUUUUCUGUAUUCACAGGGCUGAGAAGGACAGGCUGCGACGUGAAAGUGUUGACUGGAAUAGGAUUCGUCCAAUGUCUGCCUUUGCUGUGAGAGUUAGAUAUCUUUCCAGGCUUGGAGCAAAGGUAUUUAUAAAAACAGAGACUUUUAAAAUAUAUUCAGGGUUAUUCACUAAAGUAAGAAUUCAAAGUCAAUUUCAAAUUUAGGGUCCAAAUAACCAAAAUGGAAAUAUUCUCUUAUUCAGUUAUGCUUUCAGUUUGGCUACUCUGAACUUACAAUGCAAGCAGAAUCAGCUCAUACCUCUCCCAAGCCAGGAAGAGGCUUCUUCAACCAGUGGCCUUUUAUUCUGACUUUUUUUCUUUUCUUUGAGGAGAUUGAGAGGGAUAAGUUGUUUAUGUUCCUUGUACAACUUGGGUGGGUCUUGGAUGUUGAAGGAGGAAGUAACAUUCUUUAUUUGAUGUUGCUGGGAGAGGGAUGGGCAAUGUUAGAGUUGCAGCUAUAUUUACAAAUAGACAUCGAAAUGCUAGACGCACUAAAAUAGUGUGAGUAAGGGACAAAAUGAGAAAACAAUCCCUCGCCACCCAAAUCGCUAGUAUAUUACAAAAACCUAGUGGUUUAAGUAAAGAUUAUUGAUGCAGCUUCACACCUGUGUGUUGGACCCUCUCACCAGCACCAUCAAAAUUACCAGUGCUGUCAGUCAUUGUUAUAAGCUAUGUCCUUUGCACCUGGCAGUCAGCUCAGUGAAACAUACAGCAGUGGAGCGCCAACUUCAAAUUUUCUUUGAAUAUCUGGUUUAGAUGCCAGUAGGUGUGUAUGCAGCCGGACGCUGCUACUCACAAGUGUUUUGUUUCCCUGUGGAACAAUAUCUGCGUGCUGGACAAGUGCAGGCUCCAACCGAUUGAUCGUCUAGCUAGUUGGGAGAAUAUACCGCCGUUACUCCGAUAUUGACCUUAUGGCGUCACUAUGUCUAUGCGUUUCGCAGUAGGCUUCCUUAGGACGUCCAGAUCACGUUCAGAUCUUAAAAUAAUUGCAAAAAUAAAUGUUCCUGAGGACAUACUAUUAUCUUAAAGGACCACUAUAGUGCCAAGAAAACAAACUUGUUUUCCUGGCACUAUAGUAUUAAUAGGUCCCCUGCUGCUGCCGGGCUGAAGUGGGAGGAAGGGGUUAAAAAUCUUACCUUUCUCCAGCGCCGGGCUCCCUUGGCGCUGGGGACUCUCCUCUUCCUUCCAACGUCAUCAGCUGAAUGUGCAUGCACGGCAAGAGCCGCGCGCGCAUUCAGUGAGUCCAUAGGAAAGCAUAUGGACGCUGGCGUCUUCUCACUGUGAAAAUCACAGUGAGAAGCGCGGAAGCACCUCUAGCGGCUGUCAAUGAGACAGCCACUAGAGGCUGGAUUAACCCUAUUGUAAACAUAGCAGUUUCUCUGAAACUGCUAUGUUUACAGCAGUCAGGGUUAUCCCUUGAUGGACCUGGCACCCAGACCACUUCAUUGAGCUGAAAUGGUCUGGGUGCCUAUAGCGGUCCUUUAAUAUUAAAGUAGAACUUGAAAUACCUGCAUACUUAAUUAUAUUAAUCUUUGAAUUUUGCACAUUUCCCUUUUUAAUACAUUUUACUUUUUAAAUUUAAGUAAAAAAGCAAAUGUAAAGUAUUAUUUAUAUUGUACAGAAACAAAGCUUGUUUUUCUUGCAAUAUGUGCAGUUUGACUUUAUUCUCCCGCAUUUUGCACAAGGUGUUUUUCAGUGUAAAGCACGGUUUAGGCCUUGUCUUUAUUUUUGUUUUUUGCUUCCCAAGCAGUACCAAGCCUCAGUAAGCAAACCAGUAACCAACCUCAUGCUGAUGAUUUGCAUUAACAACUAAACAGCUAUCCAUGAGUGGUUCACUGGCUUUGCAUCUUUUCCCAAGUUGUGUUUCAAAGCUGUUGAAUACAGCAAACACAGACUCAAAGGAAUCCAUGUUUAAAAUGGAAUGAGGCAAAAAUAGGAUUCUUUGUGAAACUAAUUUUCAUUUGCCCACCCAGAAUCCUUUGCGGUAGUAACAUCACUGCAGAUUCGUGAUUUUUGUGGGAAAGGCAAGUCUUAUGGCUUGACUGAUGUGCAGAUUUUUUACAUUGUAUUAACUAUCCACAGACUUCAGGUGGAAGGCGUUUUCAAUCACAAUUUUUUUUCCCCCACCAUUGCCUUUUUGGUUUUUAAAUUAAGCAUAUAUUAAAUGUGUUACUCUUUAAAUAAAAGGAAUAGAACUGUGUGAUCAGGGAAAGAUGAAACAGGAUAGACUUUGCUUCCAGCAAUUCUGGUAUUGUAGCUUACAGAUUACUUGCUCUCGCCUAUAUAUCCUUGACCCUUUUUGUUACCAAAGUGUUUUGCUCUUAGAAGGGAAGCUCCUGGGAAACACAUCUAUAAAUGGCUGACCUGCAUUAUGAUUUUGUGCCCCAUUAUGUGUAAUUGCUUUAUUACUAAAGACUUUCCUUUUCAAAGGGAUCUAGAACACACAGAGAUGGCUAUGACCUUUCAAAACAGAAUUUAGUUUAACAGAAACAAGGCAUUUAGUGACUUCUCUAAUAGAGAGAAUAUGGAGCAUUUUCAGCAAACUAUUUAUCUUCUCUGGUAUUAGAGUACGGUGUAGAGUGUCUGGAAUAAGAAGUGAAUUUAAAAUUUAGGCAAAAAUAACCGAACUGGAACAAUUUUUAGUUGUGUUUUUUUUUUUUUUUUUAUGUUUUUAAAUUCACCUUUUUUCACUUUAGUGAAUUUCCUUACCAAACCGUUUUAUUCACAAGUGUAAUGUGAAUGUAUAAAACACACUAUUAUUUUUCCAUAUUUUCUGCAGAUCUACUAAACAUUUACUAUUUACAUAAAGGACAAAUACGCAGAGAUAUAUAACAACUAGUUUUGUGGUAAUUAUAGGUAGGUUAAUGUAUUAAUGGGACACUAUAGGCACCUAGACCACUUCAUCUCAUUGAGGUGGUCUGGGUGCACUGUCCCUGUCUAACCCUAUAAUCUAAAACAUCAGAGAAACUGCAAUGUUUGCAUUGCAGGGUUUAGUCCAAUUCUAGUGGCUGUCUAAUACAUUAGGGAGAGAGACACUAUUGCACUAGGAAUACAAGUUUGUAUUUCUAAUUCUGUAGUGUUUUCCAAAAAUGCAAAAUUGCCAGGUUUUGAACAAAAAGGAUAUAUUCAUACAUAUAUUUUAUAAAACGCCUGUUCUUGUUUAUUCUUACUAAAGAUUAAUAUUAUUUCCUUUUCCUCCGUAGCUGCCGGACCAUUUAACCAGCUAUCAAUCGGCACUGAGCCACAGGAGUGUUCUGAAAUAAUGUUUUACCCAGGGAAUGGUACUCAUCGAUGUCAUAUGGUUUACAUAGCACAUGGUUUUUCGAAACCUCCUAUCUUGCACAUGGGGUUUAUAUCAAAUCAUGUGUAUACUCUGUGUCCACUAUUCUACACAAUACAAAUCAUGUGAAGAAAUUUGGUAGAUUUGUAAGUUGAAUAUUAUUUUUUUAUCUAUGGCAAAUUGCACUACGACAUUUAAUAUUACCUUUUUAAGCUGUUUUCUGUUGGUAGCUUCACCUUGGAUGUGUGAUGCCGUUGUGUAGCAAUAUUAACAUUCUAAUCUAAAAUCCAACCAUUUCAUUGUCAUGUUAUAACACAUUGGAAAUCCAAUAGUGUAAAAAAAUUUAAAAAAAAUUCUUAUAGGGAUAAACCAGAUGUUAGAUUUUAAGAAUCUGUUACUCUGAGUUACCAAUUGCAAUAGAAUAAUCUAAAGUUAUAAGCUAGACACUAUAUGGUAAAUAUUGUAUUAAAACUGAAAUGUCUUAAAAAAUGCAAAUAGGCAAAAAUAGUAUAAAUGCUUAUAUAUAAUGCUUAAAUCGAAUUACCCGGGGUCUGAGCAGAACUUGGUCAUUGAGUAGGACACAUGCCUUUAAAGUGGACUCGUCACUUCCCAUGUUUAUAUAAUGUUAUGUUUACUUGUCCCUAUAUAUAAUAAAUAUGUAUGUGAGGUGUAAAAAUUAAAUAUAGAUAUCCCCACCUCUUUAUCCGGCUAUUGGGUGCCUCUAUCAUAGCUGCAUGUCAGUCAUUGUUAUAAGCGAUGUCCUUUGCACCUGGCAGUCAGCUUAGUGAAACAUACAGAGAAGAUGAGAAAUUAAACAAUAUUUCUGUUUCACCUCUUCAUUGCCUUGUCUGAAUGGGAUUAUGACAUCCUUUGCUAAAUCUAUAAUAUAAAAAAAAAAAAGUUUACACAAGCUAUGGGUGAUUUUUAAUAUUUUAUUUAAUGGUGUAAAAUUCAGAGAAGCUGCAGUUCCUCUUUAACACCCCUUUUAAAUGAAGAAUUAAAAGGCACCUAUAGAACCAGGAAAACAAACGCGUUUUCCUGGCACUAUAGGGUUAAUAGGUCCCUCUCCCGCUGGGCUGAAGGUGUUAAAACUCUUUCAGCCACUUACCGUAAUCCAUCGCAGGGUUCCCUCGACGCCGGUGACCUCUCCUCCCCCCCGCCUUUGUCAGUGGAGCUGCAUUCAGUUGCAGGAUUAAAAUUAGGGGGACCUAGCACUCAGACCACUUCAUUGAGCUGGAGUGGUCUGGGUGCCUUUAGUGGUCCUUUAAAUGAAGGAUGUUACCCACAUGUGAGCUCAAUUUUAAUUUUUUUGUGUGUGUGCAAAUCCUCAGGCUUUGCAGGUUCUGCAGUGAGCUCUGGCCAAACCAGGAAGUAAAUCAUAAUGCUUGCCUUAAUUUCUAUGGCAAUACUGAGCUUAUCCCAUAAACCCUUGACAGGAAAGUUUUCUGGCCAUAGAAGCCAUUUGUGGCAGUAGUUCAGUAGUUUUUCUAUUGUAAAAAUCUGACCGCUAAACAAUACCUCCCAGGAUAGUACAAAUACAUACAUGGUUUAGGUAAGUGUAGCUUCCCAUUCUUACAUAUUCCAGAGUGAUUGGCAGAUACACGUUUGUCAAUUUGGGUUUCAUUUCUUUUUUAGGGGGUUUCCUAUAAAAUGUUAUAUAGUCGAAUAUAGUUUCAGUCCUGGUUUUGUAUUGCCAAUGUAUUAAAUGCCAAAGUAUUUUUCUUUAGUAAGAUGUAUCAGUAAUACGCAAAUAUUCAACCUGGAAUGGCAUACAAGUUAUCUGCAAAACUUUGGUGUUGAAAGAGCUUGUAAUGUUUGUCUAUUUAGAUAUACGAAAGGAAUGGUAAAGCUUAAUAUCGAUAAUAUUUUGUAUGUAAUAACACAGACUCAACUAGUAUAUUUGUCUGAAAAACUUUUGGGGUUAGUGAUUGCUACAAAUGACUAUUAGGAAGCUCUGUUUUCGUUGGAAGUUAAGGAGAGCUUCAGAGAGUAGUUAGAAAAUUUGACCCUUCUUUAUAUUAAGCCUGCGCUCUCGUUGGUCUUUGAAUGGUGCAAGAUUUAAAACAAAAAAAUACAUUUUUUAUUUUAUUUUUUUGUAUUCCAGUGCCUUAUGAUGAUGAUGAUGAUUAUGAUAAAACAAUUGAUGGUAGCAUAAUGGGAUAAUGAACAUGAUUUCAGCAAGCCUAGUUUACCAACUAUACUCGGAGUUGAAGUAUGUGUAAGGGCUCUGCUUCUACAUUACAUUAUUUUUAUUUUUUUUAUUAUAUAUAUCCUGUACCACACACAGACAAUCCCUCCUCCAAAUAAAAAUAUUGCUGCUUUGUUUUGUAUGUGCCAUGAUUUUUCAUGUGGAAUGGGGUUUUCUUUAUUGUUCUAAAUUCAGGUAUUAGCAUAUUUAGAAAUGGUUUUGGUUAAAAAGGUCAGGUGCACGUGCUGUGACUUACACGGUGAUGCACCUUAUAUUAAUGUGCCAAAGUCGUUUGCUGCCAAAGAAACUUUGUAUGCUGGAUUUAUUGUAGGUCAGAUAAAUUGUAAUCACUUCUUACAUGUUUUUGUUAUGAUUUUAGUACAAAAUACCAAAUGUGAAAAAGUUUUGUAUGAAAAAAUUGCACACUGUAUUAUUACACUAAUUGUACUUUUGUGAUUGUCAUUUUUUUUGUAGCAGGGCUUGUCCUUAUUUAAGCUUGUGAAAUAGAGGUAGUAACUACAGGUUUAACAUGUGCUAAAACCAACAAAUUACCUUAAAGUACAGAUUAUUUAUAUGUUUAUUCCAAAAAUUUAAUCUGGAUUUUACCUUUAUUUUUAUUUAUUUUUCUUAUCUAUUCUCGGAACACUCAGAUCCAAAACGGCGGGUCAGUAAUGGCAUUAUAAAACACUGCAAACAUACUGUGUAUCCUUCUAAACACAAUGUAAUAAAUUUAAAUGUCAAGUGUGUCGCAUAUUUGCUUUAUAGUGACCCAAUAAGCUGUAUUGCUCAACAUCUGAUGAAAUGAACCCAUAAUCUUCUUUACGGAUAAUUGAGUCAUGCUGCUUGCAAUUGAAUGUUUCUGGUACAUUGGUUUGUUGAGUGUGUUCUUUGAAGUAUUUCGUUUGUUUGUUAGGUUUCUAUGUAAUGUGUUUCACCAACAUAAUGAGACUGGUAUAUACUUGGUUUGUAUGAAUUUAAAAAAAAAAAUUAAAAAAAAAAAUUUAUGUAUCUUUUGAAUUAUUAAAUGAUAAUGUUUUCAUGUUUUUUUUAAUAUGAUUAAAUGGAAGAACAAAGAUGUGACUAAAUAAAAAAAUAAAAAAAAUUCUAUUAUGUUUGAAGUUAAACACUAUCAGAAACACUGUUUGGAUUCAAUUAUUGGAAAACUGGAGAUUUAAGAAAGUUGUUUAUUUUUGUUUUUUUUACUCAGACAAAAUGACAUGUCGAAC